AUGGGGGUUUUAAAGGAGGUGCUGAGCACCAUCCCUCUAUCACACCAGUGCAGGCCGUUCUUGCUAGUAACACGAGUGAGUAGUCGGCCACGGUACAGAGGAGAUAACAAUCCGAAGCUUUUACAGCGACCCGACCUUUUCCGGAAAGGGCACGUUCGAAUGCCCUCAGUACGAGGCAAACACCCUGCCGAACCACAUGAAGCUGAACAGAGGCGUGGUGGAUCCCUACGUUGUGCAUACCACAAAACGAAGAACUUCGCGAGAAGCUUGAUCUCGCGGAAAGGCGUCGCGAGCAUGCAGAAGCUGAGCUGGCAAGAAUCACUGCCUUUUGGAGGGCGAUCCAGAUCCGGUACCACGCUCAGCAACAAGACAGCUCUCGUCAUCCUCGCUGGUGAUAGAUGCAGUGAGAUUGAUACCGCGGCUUUCAUGCUAUUGCAUGUGAUACAACUGCUAAAGCUUGCACAUAUGUUUUACCAUGUAUCUCUAGACCUCGAGAAUCAUGAAUACGACGACGAGGACGGCCUUGCGCAAUCGCAGUCCAACAAGGACUUCAAAAGGGCGAUUCUUCUGUGCUGCAGACUCCUUGAGAGACGGGAUGGAACGACGGGCCUAACCGCAAGGGCUGCAUCAGAGACAGAGAAACCUCAAGUCUCCUGGUUGUUUCGGCCUCGCUCUUCGGUAGACCUAGACGGAACCAACUGGUCGAUGCCGAAUACUACACGGAGACCCUUCUACGGAGAAUACAUGCCCUCUCACAAGCCAGGCAUGGCCUUUACUCCCAAUGUCGUAGGCAAAGGUGGCAAGACCGACGAUUGCUGCAAGAUGUGCAGCAUCAAAAGAGCCAUUCCGAAGAAAGACGUCAACGACACAACGACCACACAAAUUUGA